ACACCUCCCAGCUGCGCGCUGUGGCGCAUGCGCAGCAGUGGCGGGCGCCCUACCCCCGCUCCCGCGGCCUGGCUCCGGAGAAGACGGCGGCGGCAAGAUGGCGCUUACCAGUUUUUUACCAGCUCCAACCCAGCUGUCUCAAGACCAGCUAGAGCUAGAAGAAAGAGCAAGAGCUCAGAGAUCUAGGCAGACUGCUCUAGUCUCAUCACGAAGGGAACCUCCCCCGUAUGGUUACCGGAAAGGAUGGAUACCACGCGUACUGGAGGAUUUUGGAGAUGGCGGUGCUUUCCCAGAAAUUCACGUGGCUCAAUAUCCACUGGAUAUGGGCCGGAAGAAGAAAAUGUCCAAUGCUUUGGCUGUUCAGGUGGAUGCAGAAGGAAAAAUAAAAUACGAUGCAAUUGCUCGACAAGGACAAUCAAAAGACAAGAUUAUUUACAGCAAAUACACAGAUCUUGUCCCAAAAGAGGUCAUGAAUGUGGAUGAUCCUGAACUGCAAAGACCAGAUGAGGAGACAAUUAGAGAGAUAACAGAGAAGACAAGAGCAGCCUUGGAGAAAUCAGUGUCACAGAAAAUUGCAGCCGCCAUGCCAGUUCGAGCAGCUGACAAAUUAGCUCCUGCGCAGUACAUCCGGUACACACCGUCACAGCAAGGCGUUGCCUUCAACUCUGGAGCAAAACAGAGAGUUAUUCGGAUGGUGGAAAUGCAGAAGGAUCCUAUGGAGCCUCCAAGAUUCAAAAUUAACAAGAAGAUUCCACGUGGGCCACCUUCUCCUCCAGCGCCUGUAAUGCACUCUCCUAGUAGAAAGAUGACUGUGAAAGAGCAACAAGAGUGGAAAAUUCCUCCAUGCAUUUCAAACUGGAAAAAUGCAAAGGGUUACACAAUUCCAUUAGACAAGCGUCUGGCUGCAGAUGGCAGAGGAUUGCAGACUGUUCAUAUUAAUGAAAACUUUGCCAAGCUCGCUGAGGCUCUCUAUAUAGCUGACAGAAAGGCUCGUGAGGCUGUAGAGAUGCGUGCCCAGGUGGAGAGGAAAAUGGCUCAGAAAGAAAAGGAGAAACAUGAGGAAAAGCUCCGAGAAAUGGCCCAGAAAGCAAGGGAGAGAAGAGCAGGGAUCAAAACCCAUGUUGAAAAAGAGGAUGGAGAAGCUAGAGAAAGGGAUGAAAUAAGACAUGACCGGCGCAAAGAAAGACAGCAUGACAGAAAUCUCUCCAGGGCCGCCCCUGACAAAAGGUCAAAGCUGCAGAGAAAUGAAAACAGAGAUAUCAGUGAAGUUAUCGCCCUAGGGGUACCCAACCCUAGGCCAUCCAAUGAAGUCCAAUAUGACCAGAGGCUGUUCAACCAGACCAAGGGUAUGGACAGUGGCUUUGCUGGAGGGGAAGAUGAAAUUUAUAAUGUUUAUGACCAGCCUUGGAGAAGUGGAAAAGAUAUGGCCCAAAACAUCUACAGACCAAGUAAAAAUGUGGAUAAGGAUAUGUAUGGUGAUGAUCUAGAGGCUCGAAUAAAGACGAAUAGGUUUGUUCCUGACAAAGAGUUCUCUAACUCGGAUCGUAACACCAGAGGGAGAGGCAGAGAUGGACCAGUUCAAUUUGAGGAGGAUCCAUUUGGUUUGGACAAAUUUCUGGAAGAAGCCAAACAACAUGGUGGUUCUAAACGGCCCUCUGAUAGCAGCCGCCCUAAAGAACAUGAGCAUGAGAGCAAAAAGCGGAGGAAGGAAUAAAUGCUUCUGUUCCUUGAGUAGCAAAGAAAUGGACUACUUGCUUGGACUUCCUUCAAAAGGCAUUUUUAAUAUCACAGAGGUGUGUAGGGGGAUGGCAUUAUAUAAAGCAGUUCUGAACUCUUGUGCCAGGUGGAUACAUGUACA